UGCGGGAAUUCCUGAGUGCUUGGCUUUGAGCAGCUGACUGCCGCCUCCCUGGGAAUGGGGGUUGGGAUGGCAGUGCCAACUCUUUCACUGAGUAUGGAAGGAUAAGAUCUAACCGUGGAUGUGGUGCCGCCUCUUCUGAUUUAACACCAAGAAGAAUUUAGGCCGGAUGGGAGGAAAAGCAGGAGGAGUAUGAGGCCCAGAGAUGAAUUUUCCGGAGAGGCUUUGAAGUCUGUGGAGUUUGAGAGAACAGAAUGGAGUUUGAGAAAGACCCGAGGGCGACACUGAAGCUCAGACUUUGGUGGCGAAGGAUACUGGGCGCUGGUCUUGGGUCCCACUUCCCUGCCCGUAUGGUGGCAGUUGUUCCAGAGACAGGCCUUCUCCCAUCUUCCUGCCCAGCCUUGGGGUGGAAGACUGAGUUUCUUCAGCAUCCUCCCGGUCCUUCCUCUGCUGCAGAUGGGCUCUCCAAUGCAGAAGACUGCCCUCCCCUGCCUGAGUCUCAUCCUGCUUAUCUGGAGCCAAGGUCCCGGGGCCCAAGGCCAAGAAUUCCAAUUUGGGCCCUGCCGUGUGGAAGGGGUAGUUUUCCAGGAACUGUGGGAGGCCUCCCGGGCAGUGAAGGACAUUGUGCAAGCUCAGGAUAACAUCAUGAGUGUCCAGCUGCUGCGAAGGGAGGUUCUGCAGAACGUCUCGGGCGCUGAGGGCUGCUACCUCCUCCGUGCCCUGCUGGACUUCUACCUGAAUACCGUGUUCAGGAACUACCACAAGAAGGCAGCUGAACUCAGGAUCCUGAAGUCAUUCUCCACCCUGGCCAACAAUUUCAUUGUCAUCCUGUCGAAACUGCAGCCCAGCCAGGAAAAUGAGACGUUUCCCAUCCGCGAGAGUGCACGCAGGCGGUUUCUGCUGUUCCAGGCAGCGUUUAAGCAGCUGGACAUAGAAGCAGCACAGACCAAAGCCUUUGGGGAAGUGGACAUUCUCCUCACGUGGAUGCAGAAAUUCUACCAGCUCUGAUUUCCCAGACAGAAACGCCCUCCUCAUCCUCCCUGUCAUUUCAAGAGUGUCCCUUCCAGUGAUGUUCUCUGGGCACUUCCCACUCCGAACUGUGGGUCCCAUUCUUGGUCCAGGCGUAUCCCCUAAGACUUCAUUCUUUAAGUGGCCCCAACAACAGCCAUGGAAGUCUCCCUCAGAUGCUGUGAAAAAGCUACAAAGCAGGCUCCUAUAUUUAUUACAUCUCUAUUUAAUUCCUGUCAGUGUUUUAACUGAUGUUAUAUUUAUUUGUUUGACUAAAAUCUGUGAAGACACCAGAGACAACGCCCCAUGCUUCUCUUUUAUCCUCCAUGAUCCUUGGAACCAUGUGGGGCAGUGAUGGUGCUCAGUAAAGGCCUAAUAAACUGGAUAUUUUUGCCUGUUUUGAAUGGUUGGGGAACGAUGAGGGAUGCUGGGAUAUACAGUCGAAUGUUUGGGCAUGACUAUCUCAUUGUCCUGACAUCUCCAGGAACAGAGCCGUGGGGAAGGGGUGAGGGGCACAAGUCUGAAAUGUAAAUGAGAAAAGAUCUAAUGCGUUAACUGCCCAACACAAAGCAAGCUCACGAAACAUUGCAUUUCGUGCCCACACUCCCCACCCCACUCCACCAUCCGUUACCCUUGGGUGCCCUCCUUUGUUAUCCUACUCAUGCUUCUCUCAUCUGCCACCAGAGAGGGUGCCAGAGGCAAGCUGACAUUGCUGAUGGUGUCAUGGUAGCUGGGUGGACUCUCUGAUCUGUGACGCAAUUCCCUGCUAGUAAAAGGCAGGGAGCUCACGUCUGGCAGCCUUUCCUUUCUAUUUCUGGACAAGGGCCCAGUGAGGCUGAGUUGUGUGUCUGGGAAAGACCUUCUUCCCAACGGCAAGACUGGGCAUUCUCUAGUCUCAGGCUCUGGCUUGUCUCUGUAGUUGACAUCAGUCUAAAGGUACAAUGUCUGCCCAUGCCCUUGCACAGAAGACUUAAGGGUAAGAGCCUGUGGAGGAGAUGGGAUGUCUUCCUCCAUGACUGAAGUGCUGUUGCAGAGCCCAUGGCCCUCCAGGACCCCAGGCCACUUUCCUUCCCCACCUUGCUGGGACCACUUGGAACUGGCCAAGAGAUAAGGUGCAUUUCUGAAAGCCAAGAGAGGUAACGGUUUGGAUGGCUAAGAUAGAGUCAUGUUAGGAUAAGAAUGGAAGAAGGAUAAGGAAGUGACACAAACGACUUUUAGAAGACUGUAUAUUCUGCAGCUUUGGGGUGAAAUGUUCUAUAAAAGUCAAUUAAAUCCA